AUGUACGUGCUGGGCCUCCCUUUUCAAGUACAAACGGACCACAAGCCUCUGGUACCGAUCCUGACUUCUAAGAGGCUAGAUGACCUCACUCCUCGUCUGCAAAGACUGCGAAUGCGCACCUUGGAGUGCGACUUCUCAGUCACAUAUGUACCCGGCAAGGGGUUGUACACUGCCGACGUGCUUUCCAGAAAUCCGGUUCCCGACGUCAACGGCAAUAAUGACAUGUUGGAGUCGGCUGUCAAGGACUUCGAGGUCCUCACCGUAGACCUGCUGCCGGCAUCACGCAACAUGCUUUCGCGCAUCAGAAACGCUUUGCGGGUAGAUCAAACAUUGUGCCGAGUAAUGGAGUACUGCGAAACACAAUGGCCUUCUGCCAACACCCUCCCAGCCGAUCUGCGUAAGUACGCCAGCCUCUCCGGGGAGCUCUCCGUCGUCAGAGGUCUGCUCCUACGCGGGUCUCGUCUGGUCGUGCCCCCAGUUCUUUGCAAUGAAAUCCUGGAAAGGUUGCACACAGGACACCAGGGGAUUACGAGGUGCCGAGCGAAAGCUCGGGAGUCAGCGUGGUGGCCAGGAAUCAGUCUGGAACUACAGGACUACAUACGCCGAUGCCCGACCUGCCAGGAGCAUCGAAUCCCGGGGGUGGAACCACUAAUGCAGUCGACGCUACCGCAACGACCGUGGGAGACGAUAGGCAUGGACUUGUUCUACGCCAAUGAACGAAGCUACUUGGUAGUCGUCGACUAUUUUUCGAAGUUUUUUGAGCUGAGCAGACUCAAGACCACAACAAGCGCAAACGUAAUUGCGAAGAUUCGGCCUAUGUUCGCACGGUUUGGCGUGCCUGACGUUGUUCGGUCGGACAACGGCCCUCAAUUCGCAUCAGGAGAAUUUCAGCGGUUUCUGUCGACGCAAGGAAUCAAGCACGUCACGUCGAGCCCACAUUUUCCGCAAAGCAAUGGACAGGCCGAACGCACGGUCCAGACGGCUAAGGCCCUUUUGAAAAAGGAACCGGACGUCAACAGCGCCCUCCUAGCACACCGGACGACACCCGGAAGCUGUGGGUACGCGCCGGCCGAACUUCUGAUGGGAAGACGACUCCAAUCGAACGUCCCUGUGAACCCGAAAUCCCUCAUCCCUUCGUGGCCAUAUCUCCACACAUAUCGAAGACGGUAUCGGAAACAACAGGUCGCAAGGGCAACUGUGUAUAACUCGCGACACCGGGUGGCGGAGCGUCCAGAGCUGCGGAGCGGUACAAGGAUCCGCAUCCUGGCGGGCGCCGGAGCACAUGGGACGAUUCUUCGACAAGCAGGAACCCCGAGGUCGUAUGUUGUGGGAACGGAGGGUGGCCCCACAAGGCGAACCACGAGACACCUACAGGAGUCGUUUUCAACCGCAGCCGGACAGAAACAGCCGACAACAGUCGGCAAACCUCCAACAGCGCUAACACAACAGGACCAAGGCGUGGUCAAGACACGGGCUGGCCGAGUGGUUAAGAAGCCAGACAGAUACGGCUAUUGUACAUAG